AUGCCGCUUCGUGUUGUUUGCAGUCAGGUGCAGAUUCCCGCUAUGCUCGUAGACCAAACCAAGGACAUUCUCCAGCGAUUUGCUCUAGUGUUCCAAGACGGUCUGGGUCGUUGCACAUGCACUCAAGUCGUUCUACUUCUUUCGCCUGGAAGUCAACCAGUCUUCCGUCCAAAGCGACCAGCCCCAUUUGCAGCCCUACCACUUGUCGAGGCUGAAGUGAAGUGUCUGGAGAAACUGGGAGUUCUAGUUCCCGUAUCCUACUCCGCCUGGGCCGCAACAAUCGUUGUGCUUAAGAAGUCCAAGGGCUCGAUUCGCAUUUGCGCUGACUUCUCCACCGGUCUCAAUACCGCGCUGACGCCGAACUGUUAUCCACUGCCGGUUCCGGCUGAUACUUUCACCCUGCUGAAUGAUGGCACUUGCUUUGAUAAGUUGGAUCUCGUUGAUGCGUAUUUGCAGAUCGAGGUCGCCACAGAGUCGCGCGAAUUGUUGACCAUCAAUACCCACCGCGGUCUGCUCCAAUACACCUGA